CUGUGCUGAAAGAUGAAUGAUGCUGCAGUUAAAGCAGCAGCUGCAGCUUGAACUGACGCCUGUGCUUUAAGUCUCAAUGAGCACCUGUGAGACUGUCAGCCCCUCCCCUCGGCUCUCUCCAUGGAUGUAAUCUCUGAUUUGGCAACAGAAAUCCCUGUGGAAGAGUCUGCAGACAUGGGUCGUCAAGAGGCCGAUUAUGUGUGGAAGAAAAACACUGAAAACAUCCAGGAGGUUUUUGACAUCAUGGAGGAGUUGGGAUCGGGGGCCUUCUCAGAGGUAUACAUGGUGAAGGAGAAGAAGACAGGAAAGAUGUUUGCCAUGAAGUGUGUGAAGAAGAAACAGAAAAGAGACCUCAAUCUGGAGAAUGAGAUUGCUGUGUUGAGAAGAAUCCAACACGAGAAUGUUGUGGGGAUGGAGGAUUUCUAUGAAAGUCGGACUCAUUAUUAUCUUAUCAUGCAGCUUGUUUCAGGCGGUGAGCUCUUCGAUCGUAUACUGGACCGGGGGGUGUACUCAGAGAAGGAUGCCAGCAGUGUGAUCCAGCAGGUGCUGCAGGCCGUUAGCUAUCUGCACCAAAAUGGCGUUGUGCAUCGUGACCUCAAGCCAGAGAACAUCCUGUACUACAGCCAGGAAGAGACCUCUAAGAUCAUGAUCAGUGAUUUUGGCCUCUCCAAGAUGGUAGACAAUGACAUCAUGUCGACAGCCUGUGGCACCCCAGGAUAUGUAGCUCCUGAAGUUUUGGCACAGAAGCCCUACAGCAAGGCAGUGGACUGCUGGUCUAUUGGAGUUAUCACCUACAUCUUACUCUGUGGAUAUCCCCCUUUUUAUGAAGAAAGUGAGACAAGACUGUUCUCCAAGAUCAUGAAGGCGCAGUAUGAGUUUGACUCGCCCUUCUGGGAUGACAUUUCUGAAUCUGCUAAAGAUUUCAUCCGUAACAUGAUGCAGAAGAAUCCCAGCAUGCGCUUCACCACUGACCAAGCGCUCAGACAUCCUUGGAUUAUUGGAAAGACGGCACGGAGCCAGGACAUCUAUUAUUCUGUCAGUGUUCAGAUCCAAAAGAACUUCGCCAAGACCAAGUGGAAGCAAGCCUAUAACGCCGCAGUAGCUAUCAACCACAUGAAGAAGCUGCAGCUGGCCCACUCAGAGCUGGUCCUGAGGCAGGCCAGCAUCCCAGACAUCAAGGUGAUCGACGUAUCCUCCCCAACAAAAAACCGCAAACGUCUCGAUCCAGACAAGGUGGAAGAGACUGACAGGAAAGCACAUGGGGCAAAUAACAUGCUCCUGCCCACGAGCCAUGUAGAUCUGAAGUGUCAUUACCACCCGUUGAAGGCCAGUCAGAGUCAGGGCCCGGCACACCACGCACCCUCUAUAUCUGAGCAGAGCAAGCACAUCUACCACUCAGAGCCCGCCAACCUGAACGGGCAUGGUAAAACCACUAGUGGCAAGACUGUGCAGACUGGAGUUUGCUCAGUCAUGUGAAGGCUGCGUGACGUUCACAUGGAAAAAAAAAACUUUAACUUGGUCAGUGUUGCUGUGCUGACUCAGCAUGGAGCUGUUUUCUGUCAGCAGGUCCCCCCCGGUACUGAGAAUGAGAAGUGGUUGAUCCUCUGACAGACCCAAGCGGUCUACAAGGUCCACACAGUUGGUGGGACAUUUUAUUUUGGAAAGAGUGCCUAUGAAGCUUCCAGACAACCACACAGAAUCACACACACACACACUCAUUCAAAUGCACAAGACUCACUUUAAUUCAGAUACACAAGGUAGACUUCAGCUAAACGGGACAGUUCAGGCAUAUUUUACGGGAUUGUCCUUCUCAGGUGGACUCACCUGCUGCUUGGCUCCAGUUGAAUGCCCACCUUGUUCGUGGUGAAGCAGUCCGUGACCUCUGAUGUCAUGAAGCCUUUUUAUCAUACUUCCUGGUUUUUGAUCGGGGAGAGUUUAAUUCAUCAGAGCACUUAGUGUCAAGGAGUAUUACGAUGGUGGUUACAUGUUGUUUAACAAAAGUACACACAAUGCGAUAAGAGAAAUUAUUGUAUUGUAACAUGUGUAAAAUAUUAUCUUUUAGCCAACCUGCAUUUCUAAGCGCAAUAGAAUAUAAACUGCAUGCUUACUGCUACAUAUAAGCCAUAUGUGUAUAAUAUAUUCUGGUAAAGUUAUUUUUAUUAUGUUCCAUGUGUUAAUUGUUUGUUGUUCUGUUUUAUUUUAACUAUUUGCUUCCUUUUUAAAUAAAUUAUAAUGAUAAAAAAAGACCUAUACAGAUAUGAGUUACGUAAAAACAAACCAAAACAUAAAAUAUACGGCGGAUCAUAAACAGUGUGAAAUGCCACAAGUAUAUCCAUAAGUUGCCAACUCAUAGCUCGCACAUGCCAUCAACCUACUAAAAUAUAUGGAUAAAUGUAAUUUAUAUUCACUGUAAUAGACGUUUCUCCAAUUACUGUAUACAGUAAGGCUGUAUGUGGCUUAGUAUUGAGGCAUUCAACAGAUUAUGAUCUCCACUAUGUACUAUACUGGAAUCCCUGUAUGCUCAUAAAUAAAAGCCUGUACAGAAUCUGCA